AUGGCGACUCGGUUACAGAAGAUCGAAGGAGAUGAGUCCGUACUGUUGCGCGUAACUCAUUCGAACCUCAAGACCUUCUCCGCCGAUAUCCGCUUCUCCCUCCAGAGCUCUGUGGAGUCCGUCAAGGACAAGCUAUGGCGUAAAUGCGGCACUUCUGUAGAUUCCAUGUCGCUCCACCUCUACGACGACGCCAACACCCAAGUCUCCAUUUUGGACGACAACUCCAAGCCCCUAGGCUUCUAUUCCCCUCACGACGGCUACCGGCUACAUGUUAUAGAUCUGGACCCUUCAUCAGUGACCUCUGGUGGGUGGCUUGAGGACACAUCGUUGGUGGAGAAGUACACUAUUUCUCAAGAAGCUUAUGAGAAACGAGAUGGGACUUUUAAAAAAUUUAAGGACAAAUUGGCAUCUCAGAACCCAUCAACUGUUGAGAAUAAAAUACCAGAGAACUAUAUGGAAGAUCUCCGUGUGAAUAUCAAGGUAGGAGAUAGAUGUGAAGUUCAACCAGGGGAUAAAAGAGGUGUUGUUAAAUAUGUUGGUCGGGCAGAAUCUCUGGCUCCUGGUUUCUGGAUUGGAGUUCAAUAUGAUGAACCACUGGGAAAGCAUGAUGGCAUGGUGAAAGGAACACGAUAUUUCAAUUGCCCCCCACUUCAUGGUGGAAUGGUUCGGCCAGACAAAGUAAAGGUUGGUGACUACCCUGAACGAGAUCCAUUCGAGGAGGAUGAAAUUUAA